UCGACCUCGAAAGAUCUGGCGGAAGCUUUGGCACAUCUCGUUCUGCCAGCAGCAUGCGCGUCGCCAUCAGUCUGGCGCUCGCGCCCAUUGCUGUCUCCGCCACCAGCCUCCUUGGCGGCCCGGCGGUCGUCGCCUUCGCGGCAGCCACGCACGCCACCGACCUCUCGCCGUGCACGGGCCAGCUCUUGGCCUCGACCCCGGCGAGCUGCGCGUGGCUAGCAGACGCCACUCGCUACGGCGUCGACCAACUCAACCACAUGAUCAACACGGCGUCACCAGUCAUGCCAAUGCUCAUCGUGUCGGCUGUCGACAAGCCCGUGGCCGGCGCUUACGAGAGCCACCUCUUGGAGCUGCAAGUGCAAGUCGCCCCGUGCCUUACGCCGUCCAACCAUGACGACAAGAAAGCGACGCCGCCCUCGAAUGCCCAUGUCUGCGACUUUGAUUUUGAUCAAGUGGCCAAGUACCAACUCCUGCUGUCCCAGGCCAACGCGACCCAGCGCUGGACGCUUGUCGACAGUCUCCAAGUGUUUGAUUCUGGCGUCCAAGGCGGCAAGCCAGAAUUGCGCCCGCUACCAGAUUUCCUACCGGUCCAAGACGCGUCCGAGUCGCCAGCGGUGCCAUUCGGUCAGCUCUUUCUGCAUGUGCUCAUCGUCGCGGCCUGUCUCUUGUCGAUGGUUGCGGUCGUCGCGCACUCACUCAAGACGCGUCGGGAAGGCUACGCCGCCAUCUCGCGCCAAGUCCAGACGAAGCAAGUGCGCCGCGUGGACCUCCGCCACUCGAACCCGGUGCCCCGCCACGAGGAAAACGUCCUGCGCUACUCGCACGAGCAAAACGAGCGCUUUGCCGUUUAAAAUAAAAAACACUGCUUGAUACUCUGUAGA